AUGGACCGCCGUAGCGAAAUCCAAGCCCUGUUGGACAGCCUCGACUCCGACAAGUCGGGCUCCGUGAGCACGAAGGAAUUCCUCAGUGCCCUCUCUGGAUCCGGCAUCAAGGAGUCCGAUGUGCAGGAGUUCAUCAGCCAGCAUGACAAGGACGGCGACGGCGAGCUGAAUGUGGAGGAGCUCAGCCAAUUCCUGUGCUCAUUGUAG